CUUUCAAACAUUUAGAGAUAAUCAAAAUUAGCUGGUUUCAUUUUCGUAAGCAUGAACAUUAACCCGAUAAUUCGAUCUAUUCUCAGCCAUUUCAGAGGCUGCACCAUCAGAAGUUACCUGGUUGUCCUGCCCGAUCAGAGUCGCAUAGAAAAACAGCUAAAGCUGGAGGAUCUGCAAACAGAACGCGGAGUCUUGGAUCUGCGAUCCCAUGAGCUGACACUCAAGCAAAAGCGAGUCGAGGCCAAUCUAACCGACCUGACCCGCUGCAUCCGAGGCAUGGAGUUCGAUGUGAAGGUGAAUUCCGAUCGCGGAAGCAAGGAGAGAAAGGCGGAUCGACGCCCCCCAGCUGAUAAGAAAUCACCCAAAGUCGGUGAUUUCAGCGAAUAGCAAAAUCCCCCCGGGUGCUU